AUGUUUUACAUUUCUCUCUUUCUCUCUCCUCUCUCGCUCCCCUCUCUCUCUCUCGCUCCCCUCUCUCUCUCUCGCUUCCCCUCUCUCUCCCUCUCCCCUCUCAUUCUCUCGCUCCCCUCCCUCUCUCUCUCUCGCUCCCCCCUCUCUCUCGCUCCCCUCUCUCUCUCGCUCCCCUCUCUCUCUCUCGCCCCCUCUCUCUCUCUCCUCCCCUCUCUCUCGCUCCCCCUCUCUCGCUCCCUCUCUCUCUCUCUCUCGCUCCCCUCUCUCUCUCUCUCUCGCUCCCCUCUCUCUCUCCCCCUCUCUCUUCGGCUAUUCAUUUUUCUUUUCAUCCCUUAUUUCAUUCUCCAUGGGACUUCUCUUUCUUUCUUUCUUUCUUUCUUUCUUUCUUUCUUUCUUUCGUUCUUUCUUUCGUUCUUUCUUUUUUCUGGUUCCCUUUUUCUUCAUCCAUUGAUUCAUUUUUUUUUCUUACACUCCAUCACUUUCCUUCAUUCGUCCCAUGUCUUUCUUUCACUUUUCUUUUGUCUUCCCGUAUUUAUUUCACAUCUUUUUUCACUUUCUUUGUCUACGACUCUUUCUUUCUUUCCCCCCCUCUUUCUUUCUUUCUUUCUUUCUUUCUUUCUUUCUUUCUUUCUGUCAACAAUUGUUUUUCUUCCGCUUUCUUUCUUUUUUUUCUUGUUCUACUGUACCUUUCUUUCUUUUUUUACUACUACUUACUUUCUCUCACACGUUCUCUCUCUAACGCUCUCUCUCACACUCUCUCUCACUCUCUCUCUCUCACACGCUCUCUCUCUCACGCUCUCUCUCCCAGACGCUCUCUCUGACUCACUCUCUCUCUCUCAUUGUCUUCUGCGAUUCCUUUUCUUUCUUUCAAAUUUCCUCAGCUUCUACAAUUUCUCGUUCCUACUUUCUUUGUAUUCAUGUUUAUUUCCCUUUCUUUUUCUUUAUUUUGCUUCUUUCUUUCUUUCUUUCUUUCUUUUUAUUUCUUUCUUUAUUCUCAUUUCUUUUUUUCUUUCUUUCUCUUUUUUACUUUUCCUUCUUUCUUUCUUUCUCUUUCUUUCUUUCUUUCUUUCUUUCUUUUUACUUUCCCUUCUUUUUUCUUUCAUUUCUUUCUUUCUUUCUUUCGAAUUUCUUCAGUUUCGACAAUUUCUCAUUCUUUCUUUGUAUUCAUGUCUUUUUCCUUUCUUUUACUUUAUUUUGCUACUUUCUUUCUUUCUCUUUAUUUCUUUCUUUAUUCUCAUUUCGAUUUUCUUUCUUCUCUUUUUUACUUUUCUUUCUUUCUUUUUUCUCUUUUUUACUUGUCUUUCUUUCUUUCAUUCUUCUCUUUUUUACUUUUCUUUCUUUCUUCCUUUCUUUUUUUCUUUCUUUCUUCAUCUUAUCUUCUUCUUUUCUCAUCCCUUUUCCUAUCCUCAUCCCCACCUCCACCUUCUUAACUCGUUCCUCCAUUUUGUACCCCUCUCUACGUUCUCGGUUCUUUCAACUGAUUCGCGUCACGUACACCGUUUGCAGGCAAUGAAUCCUUCAAUUGAGAAAAUUUGA